AUGGCUGCGUCCGACUCCGAUGGUGACGGCCACCGCCGUUUCGACGUGAUCGUGGUGGGAGCGGGCGUCAUGGGCAGCUGCGCGGCGUACGCGGCGGCCUCCCGCGGCGCGCGCGUGCUGCUGCUGGAGCGUUUCGACCGCCUCCACGUCCUCGGCUCCUCGCACGGCGAGUCCCGCGGCACCCGCUCCACCUGCGCCAAGGCGUACUACACGCCCAUGCUGCGCCUGGCGCGCCGCCUCUGGGACGAUGCCCAGGCCGAGGCGGGGGACCGCGUGCUUACGCCCACUCCGCACCUAGAUUUGGGCGUGUUCAGGGUGCCCGACGGGUGGAUGGCGGCGGCGAGCGAGCUCGGCGGCGUGAUACAGGCGACCAAGGCGGUUAAGAUGUUCCAGGAUCUCGCCAGCAAGAAGGGCGCCGUCGUGAAGGACAGGACGGAGGUGGUCGAUGUCAUUAAGCGAGAAGGAUCAAUCUUGGUGAAAACGACGAGUGGCGAGGCAUUUUAUGGAGCAAAAUGUAUCAUAACGGUCGGCGCCUGGACGAGCAAGCUGGUCAGGUCGGUCACCGGCAUGGAUCUGCCUGUGCAACCAUGGCACACCCUCCUGUGCUACUGGAAGGCGAAGCCCGGCCGGGAGCGAGAGCUCACCCCGGAGGCCAGCUUCCCAACGUUCGGGAGCUAUGGCGACCCCAUCAUUUACGGCACCCCGUCGAUGGAGUUCCCGGGCCUGAUCAAGAUCGCCAUGCACGGCGGAUCACCGUGCGAUCCGGACAGCCGUGGUGACAUGGCCACGGACACUGAUGACGACGACGCCCUGGUGGAGCCCGUGGCGCAGUGGAUCCGAGACUUCAUGCCGGACCACAUCGACACUGUGGAGCGGCCGCUCAAGCCACUGCCGUGUAUGUACUCCAUGACCCCCGACGAGGACUUCGUGAUGGACUUCAUGGGCGGUGACUUCGGAAAGGACGUUGUUGUGGGCGCGGGGUUCUCCGGCCACGGAUUCAAGAUGGCACCGGCCAUUGGAAGGAUCUUGGCCGAGAUGGCUAUGGACGGGGAGACGGGCACGGCUGUGGCGGCUGGUUUGGAGCUCGGGCACUUCAGAAUUGACAGGUUUGUGAACAGCCCGAAGGGGAACCUCAGGGAUUAUUGA